CUCCUUACAACAUAUUAUGGUAUAACACACUUCUUACAAACAUAUUAUGGUAUAACACACUUCUUACAAACAUAUUAUGGUAUAACACACUUCUUACAAACAUAUUAUGGUAUAACACACUUCUUACAAACAUAUUAUGGUAUAACACACUCCUUACAAACAUAUUAUGGCAUAACAUACUUCUUACAAACAUAUUAUGGUAUAACACACUUCUUACAAACAUAUUAUGGUAUAACACACUUCUUACAAACAUAUUAUGGAUUGUCAGUUUGA